AUGUUCUGGGCCCCUUACGGAAUCAGUGAAUUUCCAGAAGUACAUUUCGAAUUUCCCUUUAACCUGAUUGGCAAAUUGACAAUGGUAUUUUUCAACAGGCCAAUCAUGGUGCGUUCUCAAAUCCUGCUACGCAGGCAGGGACCUAGAACAAGGAUUUUGGGGCUGUUUCAUAGACAGACUUAACCAGAAGUUAAUUUCCAUCUGGGGUGUAGGCAAUGGCCUUUGAAGUUGUUAAUGUUUCUGUUAUUUCAUCAGAUUGCUGUUAGAUUUACAAAUCCAGUCAUGGUGAGAACAUCAGCAGCUCUUUACAAACCUUUCAGUAUGCUGGCCAAACAGGAAUCUCUUCCUCCUCUGCCUGUGCCACCUCUCCAACAAACAAUGGACAAAUAUCUGAAGGCAAUCAAACCAUUGGUGGAUGAAGAAGACUUUGAAUACACUGAGGAUCUGGUAAAGAACUUUUCUAAGCCAAAAGGAGAUGGUGAAGUGCUGCAAAACUUGUUACUGGAAAAGAUGAAAACUGAGAAGAACUGGGUAAGCACUUUCUACACUGCACAUAUUUCUUUUCAUGGCCAGCUUCUACUGUCAUGUCAUGCUUGAAAGUCAAGUCUAUUAUCAGGGCUGCAAAUAACGGCCGGUCAAUGGACAAUGUCCGGCCUGAUCGCGGACUUGACCGGUCAAACUCCGGUCUUGCCGGUCACUUUGACCAGUCAUUUUUGGAUACAAACACUUUAUUUUCCAUACAGUUGUCGCUUAAUGCUCUAUAACGCUGCAAUGAUUUCUUUUUUCUUUGGCGUUUUUUGCUGCUUUGCACUGAACCCUUCUAAGGAAGAGAGCGCCACAAUAAAUUAAUUUCAUGUCGUCAUGUCGUAAUCUAACGCAACAAAGUGAAUAACAAACUGAGUUGGAAAGUAACGCAACGUUGCAAGUCGUACUGUACUUUCGGCUUUGCUGUGAUCAGCAAUGUGACCUUCUUUGGGAAUUCGAAGGAAUUCAGGAUCAUUCAGGCAAAUCGAUCGCAAUUCUCAACAGGUCGUCCUGUGUUUCUCCGGGAAUAAAUGUUAGCGCAUCGAUUAAUAAUAAUUUCUUUUAUGUCGAACAUGAAUCUCUUUUGCAGACUCGAUUCCAGAAUGGUUCGAUAAAAAUUUAAGCUACUCAAGAGGGAAGGUCGUCGUCUGUCGCGGCACUAGAUUCUCGUUCUUGUAAACAACUUUAUGCAAAUUUCUGUUGACAUUUGAGUCCUUCGCGAUAAAAUGUUGUGCGAUGACCCAACUUUAUUUAUUGACUUCUGAUCAUCAACACGCUGUUUGUGGAACAAACUUCUCGCCAAUGCAAAUCAACUUCUUUGCCGAAAAUAUCAGCGACGAUUCUUCUUUGAGGAAGUGACUUUCGAUCGCGUGCCAGGCAAGGAAAAAGAUCAAGUUUCACCGAUGUUCAUUUCGGGAAUUUAAACGCGCGAAAACCGCGGAAAGGAACUCAACAACGUGCGAAUGCAUUUUUCACCAACUUGCUGUCAAAAAUGUGAACAUCAAUGUAGUAAUAAUGAUCUAUUGCCAGGAUAAUUGGAUAUUCCUUAGGCAAAAAUUAUUAGUAUUCAUUAUUAAUUUUGACCGGCCAGAAUCGGGGUUUGUCCGGGCUAAAAAAUAUUUGGCCGGUCAUCAUGACCGGCAACCUGCUGUCUGUUAUUUGCAGCCCUGAUUAUCUUUCUUUUUUUGGGUCUAGAGUAGGAAGCUGAUUAAAUGGUAGAAGAUUUUAGUCUAGACUACGGAAGCUGAUGAUUGACACUUUAAAAAUUGAAAUCAGCCAAUCUAAAUUUUUAAAGCAAAGAAAGCACCGAAAUCAGUAAUUUCUGGAAAAUAGCCACUCUAGGAUGGAUAGGGAUGGACUUUUGGGAGUUUAGUCUAGUUUAGGUAGCAAAAUUCAGCUGUACAAAGUUUGGGCUGUAUUUUAAAGCUUUAAGGGUUCCAUGGUCCCAAACAUUUCUCAAGUACCUCCCCCAGGGCCCACUGCCACAAGUUACACCAUACAGAACUGCACUGGAGCCAGGUAUGGUUCAUGUGCAUGAGUUCCAAAUCAGUCAAGAUAGAUCCAUUUCAUUUUGUCUCUUUCAGUUGGCUAAUUGGUGGGACAAUGCUGCCUAUUUUGACUGCAGAUCACCAGUGGUGAUUACAACAAGUCCAGGACUUUCCUUUCCCAAGGUUCCAUUUACUGGCAAGGUUGAUCACCUGAAGUGAGUUGGCUGUAACUUGAUUAAAUGUUUUAGUCGUGUUGUCAUUGCUCACAGUGAAUUACGUAGUCAGACAAAUUCAGGCAAUUAUAAUGGUUGUUUUAGCACUAACAGUGGUACUUGGUUACAGUGUGUAAGAUUAACACCCUUUGGUAAUAACAAAAUGGUAUUUGCCACUUUAGAAACGAGCUGGAAAUAGGGCCUAGUUACAUUUUGCUAAGAUGUCUGGGACUGUCUCUAGGGACACUGGAAAAAGAAAUGGCCAAUACCUGUCUGGCACAUCCCCAGCUCCAGUUCCCUUCCGAUCAUUUCUAAAGUGGCAAAUAGGCCAUGAUUUUACAGUUGUAGGCUUAGUGUCCUAGCGGUUGAGUGAUUGUGAGGUUGAGGUUGAGGUUGAGGUUGAUGUUUUGAUACAAACCUUCUUCGUUUUGUAAUGAAAAUUAUGGUAUAAAAAUUAACAGUUGUCUGUGUGAGAACAACAUGUUUACAUUUAGUAACUGUUGCUUUUACUAUCAAAACAAAGUCAACUCCAGCCUUGUUUCCACCUGUAACUGUAAAAUGGACUUUUAGUAUUUGCCGCAGCUUGAUAGUCACUGUGACAUAUAGCCCACUUACCAAAAACUGUUCUGAGCGUAUUUUCCCAAGUCUGGCGUAAUAUUUUUUUUGUUUUUUUGUUUUCAUGAUUCCACUGUAGUCAUGAGGUUCUCGUGACUCUUGAAUUUUAUGCAAAAGAUGUGAGAUUUAUCAUUAUUUUACAUUUAUUUAUAGUUAUUUUUAAUACCAAUGGUUGAGAUCUUAAAGAGCACAGAUGUUCAAGGCUUGUUAAACAGUUUACAAACAUAAAAUUUUUUUUCAUUUUGUCAAAAAUAAAAAUUCAGACAACAAACUUACAGUGAUCGAUAUCCAUCCAGAUUUAUGCAGCUCCUGUAAUUGUUGCUUCACCUAACAACAAUUUUUUUCUCUUUUAUUUUGUGUUUAUAGGUAUGCUGCAAGGGUCAUCUCAAGUGUCUGGAAGUACAAGAAUCUCAUUGAUAGGUAUGUGAAUCAACAGCCUUUUCAACUGACUACAUGAAGCUGCCAUGAUUGUAACGUGAUCUGAUCAUAUUGUCUGAUUGUUAAGUCACGUACUUCUUGUAAUCAUUGCAGUGAGUCAGUUCCUGUAGACAUGAUGGGAAAGGCUCCAUUGUGCAUGGUUCAGUACUUGAAGUUGCUUGGUACCUGUCGAAUCCCACAGCCAGCAAGAGAUGAAGUGUUUGUGGCUCCUAAGGGCACAUCCAAGCAUGUCAUAGUUGCCUACAAAAAUGAGGUGAUUUUAUAACCUACAGUACAAGCACUGAAGCUCUCUUUUCUUAGUCCCUUGAGUGACACACGUAAGACACUAAAAUGACUUCUUGCGUGACUAAGAGGCUCCAGACAGGAGAGGCGUGAACUUUCUUUUUGUUUUCCUUCUAUGGGCUGCAGCCCUUGUUUCUUGCAUUUUGUGCCUCGACUGUCGGAGUGAUUGCUGUCCCCAAAUGGCUCUUUCAUGACUUAUUAUUCUCUCUUUUUUUGCUAGGACAGUAGCUCUGUACCCCAAGCACGAGACCCUUUUUUUUCUUAGCACUGCAGUGUCUGACUCUGUUCUUUUUAACAGUUCUACAUCUUGAAUUUGUUUAAUGGAAGCCAACUGCUGACUGAAGGAGAGUUGGUUGCCCAAUUAGAAAAGAUAACAAACAGCAGUGAUCCCCCUGAGGAGCCUGUAGGAGUCCUUACUUCAGCUGAACGAACAUUCUGGGCUAAACAGAGGAAGAGGCUUUUGAGAGGUACAUGUACAACAUGCGCAAUACUUAAAAAGAACAUACAAUUAAGAAAAAGAAGUUGUUGACCCUUUAAAGCCCCAAGAGUGACCAACAAAAUUAAUACAUCAUAAAUCAAGAGAAAAGAUUUGAGAAUUAAUAAAAUAAUCACGUAAGGGAAAAUGCUUCGAUCUUUUGAAGCUCUCUCAACUAAUUCUGUAAGAAAAUGUAUGGAGAUCACUUUGGAGAACUUGAAGUUGGAUACAAAACGGGACUUGAAGGGUUACGAGAGAUGCUUAGUACACCCAGUUAACCACUUGCAAUGUUGCUGUUGAUGGUGGUGACAAUUGGGAGCUUAAGCAACAACGACGGGAACCACAUCAACAACUUCAAAAAACAAUUUGUUUUCUGAGCAAAACAACGUUUUGCACAUGCAUCACGCUUUUUAGUACAUUUCUUUGACGUCCACUGCAUGACUACGACGUGAAACCUCCAAAUGCGACGUUUUAUGGAGGACGUGGAUAUUCGACAACGAAUUUUCCUUUCUCUUUUUGAACCUGGAUAAAGUCCUUAAGAACUCAUCUCCAGGAAAAGUCGCCUUCAUGUGACAUAUUGAGCGGGUCCAAGUAAACGUGAUUACGUUUGAAAGAGCGCAAAUUCAUUUCUUUUAGAGCGCUUUUCAAUUGAGUGUCGAAAACCAAAACCAAAGUAAUCACAACGGCCAAUCAGAGUAAAGGAAAUUAUCAGAGGGAGCCAAUGGCAACUCGAAGUAAACGCGUGUAACCGGCCUGUAGCGCGGGAAAACGCGAGUGACCAAGGAGCGAUUGGUUUUAGUUUACAUCUGAUUGGCUGAGAGGGUGGCGCGAGUUUACUAGACCAAUCAAACAGCACAGUAAAGCAAAACCAAUUCAAUCCUGGAUUACUUUCAACACUCAAUUGAAAAUUGCUCUAUCGACGUUUUCACUGCCGUCGUCGUCGUCGUUGCUUAAGCUCCCUAUUUA